AUGGUUAAUUGCUUUUUAUGUAGUUACGAGGCACAAUGCAUAAGUCAUUUGUUUAUACAUUUUAAUUUAUACCACAAUUUAAAAUCAAUCGAAACAUUUAAUUGUCCAUUACAGGAUUGUCUUAGAAUAUUUAAUAAUAUCGAUACAUAUAAAAGACACCUUAAACAGCAUGAUUUUGAUUUUAAAUCAAAAACAACAAUUAAUUCUCAACUAACGCUAAAUGAUAAUACAACAAACGCACCCAUGUCUGUUGAAGAUACAACAAAAUAUUUUAAUUUAAAUUUAAAUAUUUUAGAUGAUAUCAAACAAAAUGAUAGUAUCCCUCCAUUGGAUGAUUUUAAGAACUUACGAUUAAAUGCUUUAAGUAUGAUAUGUAAAUGGUAUAGCGAUACAGUUAUUCCCAGAAAUAAAAUUGAUAUUUUAAUUAAUGAUGUCCAAGAUUUUAUUGACUCAAUUGUGUCGAUUUUUUGUUUUAAAAUUAAUAAAUGUAUUAAUAAAUGUUGUGAUACUAUUGUUAAAGAUGAAUUAUCGGUGGUGCUUAGUGAGAUGAAAGUAUUAUCAGAUCCCUUCGUUAAUAUGAAAUCGGAGUACAUGCGAUUUGAAACCCUCGAUGAACUUGGUGUAUUAAUUCGUCCGAAAGAAAUAGUUAUUGGGCAUAGACUAGGUGACAAAUUAAUUGAUGGUAGGGUUGUAGUAAAUCCCGUUGAAGUUAAAAUAUGUUUGAUUCCACUUAGAGAUAUUUUUAAAAAAGUCCUAGAACACUCAAAUUUAUUAGAUGUAAUACUAAGUUAUAUAGAAAAUAUGAAAUCGAGCAAUAAAUUCGUUUACAACUUUAUGCAGUCCCAACAAUGGCGAGAAAAAUGUAAAAAUCUUCCAAACAAAAUUAUUUUCCCUUUAUUUUUAUAUUUUGAUGAUUUUGAGGUUAAUAAUCCGCUAGGUUCACACGCUGGUAACCAAAAGUUAGGUGCAAUUUAUGUGUCUAUAGCUUGUUUACCUCCUGAAUUAUCGUCGUCAUUAGAUAAUAUUUUUUUGACGUCACUUUUUAAAACUGAUGACAAAAAAUAUUUUGGGAAUAAUGUAAUUUUUAAAGAUUUAAUUGCAGAGCUAAAUUAUUUAGAAUCUACCGGUAUUUUCGUUACAGUUAAUAAUAAAGUUUACAAUAUUUUCUUCUCUUUGGGUUUAAUUAUAGGCGAUAACUUGGGGUUACACUCAAUAUUAGGAUUUACGGAAAGUUUUGUGGCAAAAUAUCCGUGCCGAUUUUGUAAAACAAUAAAAUAUGAAUGCCAUUUGCAAACAAACCAAGUUGAUACAAAUCUUCGAAACCGCACAAAUUAUGACGAUGAUAUCCUAAAGAAUGACAUAUCAAUGACAGGAAUUAAAGAACCAUGUGUGUGGAAUCAAUUGAAUUCAUUUCAUGUAACGGAGAAUUACUGUGUUGAUAUUAUGCAUGACAUGUUAGAGGGGGUGUGUAAUUACGAUAUUGGUUUAAUGUUGAAAAUUAUGGUUUUUGAUUUGAAAUACUUUUCAAUCGAUAUUUUAAAUAAUAGAAUAGAAUUAUUUGAUUAUGGAUCAAUCGAUAUCCGAAGUAGACCAACUUUGAUAUCUGCUGAUACUUUAAAAAGUAAAGGUAAAAUUAAAAUGUCCGCCAGUGAAAUGCUUUGUUUUGUAAAGAACUUGGGGUUAAUUAUUGGCGAUUUAGUUCCCCGUAAUUCCGAAAUUUGGUCAAUUUAUAUUAUACUCGACAAAAUUUUAAAUAUUAUAUUAUCUAAGUGGACUAAAACUGAAGAUUCAUUUCUUCUAAAGGAUUUAAUCACAGAACACCACACUAUGUAUUUAAAAAUAUUUCGUACCAAUUUAAAACCUAAACACCAUCAUAUGAUUCAUUACCCACUAAUACUUAACAAAUCUGGUCCACUAUCAUUAUUUUGGUCCAUGAGGUUUGAAGGUAAACAUAGAGAACUCAAAAAUACAGCUAAUUCUAUAACUUCUAGAAAAAAUAUACAAAAAACUUUAUCAAUUAAACAACAGUUAAGAUUGUCUUACAGAUUAUUGUCAACUAAAAAUAAUUAUUAUACCAUUCCGAUCGAAAUAGGACCAAUAUUGAAAUUAUGUCCAGUGGACAUAGAUUUGUAUAAUUCAUACUCAGGCAAUUAUGAUUUGAAUAACAGUGAUGUAUAUUUUGUUUCAUGGGUAAUCAUCAAUGGAGUUUCAUAUAACACCAAAAAUAUGUCUGUAAUUAUUAAUGUGUGUGAUGAAAAUAAUGAUUUGUUACCUUUAUUUGGAUUGAUUAAAUGUAUUUUUAUUAUAAAAAAUGAACCAUUUAUUAUAUAUAAUUUGUUUGAUACUAUUAACUAUGAUGAACACUUUGGUGCAUUUUAUGUAAAGUUUUCAUCUAAAUUAGGUCAUAUCAAAAUUAAUGAAUUAGAAAAUAUUUUUCCUGUACACCAUAAAAGUAUUUCUAAUGGAAAUAUAUUUAUAAAAAUGUUAUUAUAA